AUGCCGGAACGAUCCACCGGCGCCAUGAUGUUCAUCGGCGAGCGGUGCGCCCUCGACGAGUGCCACCGCGAAGACUUUCUCCCCUUCCGCUGCGCAGACUGCCGCCAGAGCUACUGCGGCGCCCACUUCCGCCCUGCCGCGCAUCGCUGCUCCGUCCACGACGACAGCACCGGCGACUACCGCGUCCCGCUCUGCCCGCUCUGCGACUCGCCGCCCCAGGGAUGGAAGAGGGACGAGGAUCCCAACAUCGCCAUGGACCGCCAUCUCUCGGCAGGACGUUGCCCCGCUCUCGAUUCCAACGGCUACAUCAAGGCAGACAGCAAGGGUCCAUCGGCGGCAUCAUCUUCGAGCGGCGCUCGGCAGAAGAAGCCAAACGAGUGCCGCUUCAAGAAGUGCUCCAAGAUCAUGGUGGUGCCGAUACAGUGCCCGCAAUGCCGCGCGUCCUUCUGUCCAUCGCAUCGGGCUCCAGCUCAGCACAGCUGCGGCUCUACACCCUCGCCGGCCUCAUCUUCGAGCCGGCUGGUGCCACCACCGCCAAAGAAGGCCGACGCUGCAGGCAGCUCGGCCCUCAAGAAGAUGACGGCGUCCGUCUCGAAGCCCAACUUCGGUGGCCUGACAAAGAGCGGGUCCAAGACCGACGCGCCGCCUGCCGCGGAUGGGCAGCCUAAACGCACGCCGAUGACGGCCAUCGCCAACAAGGCCACCACCAACAAGCUAUUUGACAAGACCGACAAACGCGCCAAGGCGGAACGAGUCUCGGCCAUCAAGGCGAUGCAGGCGCGGCAAAAGAAGGGCCUCCUCACGUCGUCCGAGGAGACCAAGCUCGCCGAAGAGAUGGCUUCGCUCGCCAAGAUCUCCAACACCGGCUCUGGCGGCAAAAAGGACUCGGACUGCGUCAUCUGCUGA